AUGUCAUUCACAAGUGGAUUGGCUGAGAAAUCUGACCAUCGUUAUCUUGAAAAGUCAGCUUAUGUCUUGGAGGCACCUUUACCAACAGCAGUGGACCCUGAUGCCCCUGAGACAGAGCAAAGGGCUUAUGCUGAAUGGGUAGAUGCUGACUUACGAGUUCGCAGUUAUAUGCUGGCAUCAAUGAACUCUGAACUUCAAACUCGGUUUGAGAACGUGAAGAGUGCGUAUGAAAUUAUCACUACUUUAAGACAAUUAUAUAGUGAAAAUGCUCGAGUGAAGGAAUAUAAUUUGAUGACUUCACUAUUCAACAUGCGGCUUAGGGAGGGCAUUUCCCCAGAUGAUCAUGUUAUUAAAAUGAUUAAUAAGGCUGGGGAGUUACAAGUUAUGGGCACAGAUUUGCCGCAUAAUGUUCGGGUGAGUUUGAUUCUCCAUUCACUCCCUCCAACUUUUAAGCCGUUUAUUACAAAUUAUAAUCUCAAUAGGAUUGAGCGCACUCUCCCUGAUCUUCUCAAUGAUAUUCAAGAAUUUUACAACAAUGAGAAGAAAGGGAAAACACCAGCUGAGUUGCUAGCUACUUUUGCCACGAGAGGCAAAAAGAGGCAAGCUCAAAAGCCUUGGUGGAGAGGUUCACAGAUGGGAUCUGGUGGACCAAAAGUACAAAGAAAGGGUUUUAAGAAAACCACUGCUAGACCUUCUAGGAUGAAGGGUUUUGGCAUUGACGCAGCACGUUCUCAGCCUCCACGACCAUCUAUUCCACAGAAAGAAAAGAAGCAGGAGAAGAGCAAUUGCUUUUAUUGCAACCAAGAGGGGCAUUGGAAGAGGAACUGUCCCCUAUACCUUGAUGAUCUGAGAAAAAGCAAAACAGCAUCUGCAGAAUAG